GUUUUUGUUCUAUAUAAAAAAAAAAAACUUUGAACCCAAUAGUCUUUCUUUUUUCUCCUAUCAGAUCUCUUCUUGAGUCGAAUAAAUCAGAACCCUUCAUGGAUUUUCUCAACUUCUCUUUGAUCCUUCUUUUUGUAGCUCUCAUCACCAAUCUCCUCCAGUGGCCGAUGCAAAAAUAUAAAAGGCUUCCUCCAGGCCCACAAAGGUGGCCUAUAGUCGGCAACCUUCUCCAGUUGGGCCAUCUACCUCACAGAGACUUAGCCUCCCUAUGCAACAAAUAUGGGCCUCUAGUCUACCUCCGGCUUGGCAGCGUUGACGCAAUCACCACCAAUGAUCCCGAAAUCAUACGUGAAAUACUCCUCCGCCAAGAUGAUGUCUUCGCCUCCCGUCCACGGACCCUCGCCGCCGUGCAUCUUGCUUACGGGUGUGGGGACGUGGCGUUGGCCCCAGUAGGCCCAAAUUGGAAGCGAAUGAGAAGAAUCUGUAUGGAACAACUGCUGACAACAAAGAGGCUCGAGUCAUUUGCAAAGCAUCGUGCUGAGGAAGCCCAACAUCUGAUACGAGACGUUUGGACCCAGGCCCGAACGGGCAAGGCAGUGAACUUGAGGGAGGUACUGGGGGCAUUUUCAAUGAACAAUGUGACCAGAAUGUUACUAGGAAAGCAAUACUUUGGAGCUGAAUCCGCGGGUCCCCAAGAGGCUUUGGAGUUCAUGCACGUAACCCAUGAAUUGUUUAGGCUUUUGGGCGUGAUUUAUUUGGGUGAUUAUUUGCCAUUCUGGAGGUGGAUUGAUCCUUAUGGGUGUGAGAAGAAAAUGAGGGAAGUAGAGAAGAGAGUGGAUGAUUUUCACUCUACAAUUAUUGAACAACACAAGAAAGCCAGAAAAAUGAAAGGGGAAAAAGAGAGUGUUGAAGAAGGUGAAAUGGAUUUUGUUGAUGUUUUAUUAUCAUUACCAGGGUUGGAUGGACAAGAGCACAUGGAUGAUGUAGAGAUAAAAGCCUUGAUUCAGGAUAUGAUAGCUGCGGCAACAGAUACUUCAGCUGUGACCAACGAAUGGGCAAUGGCAGAGGUGAUCAGGCAUCCACGUGUCCUUCAGAAAAUACAAGAGGAGCUUGAUUCUGUGAUAGGUCCCAAUAGAAUGGUGACGGAGUCAGACUUGGUCCACCUCAACUACCUACGCUGCGUCGUACGUGAAACAUUUCGGAUGCACCCAGCUGGACCCUUUCUGAUCCCACAUGAAUCCCUACAUGCUACCACAAUCAACGGCUAUUAUAUCCCUGCCAAAACCCGUAUAUUCAUCAACACUCAUGGGCUGGGCCGAAACACUAAGGUGUGGACUGAUGUGGAGGAGUUUCGGCCCGAGAGACAUUGGCUUGACGAUGGCAGCCGAGUAGAGAUAAGCCAUGGAGCCGAUUUCAAAAUAUUGCCUUUCAGUGCAGGGAAGAGGAAGUGCCCUGGGGCACCACUCGGAGUGACUUUGGUGCUCAUGGCUCUGGCUCGCCUCUUUCAUGCUUUUGAUUGGUCUCCACCAGAUGGGCUGAGAUAUGAAGAUAUCGAUACAAAUGAAGUUUAUGGCAUGACUAUGCCGAAAGCUAAGCCCUUAUUUGCAGUGGCUACCCCACGUCUCGCCCCACAUAUGUAUAAUUGAUUCAAGGCUGCCUCCCUGCUUUUCGUGAAAAUAAAAACAACUAAAGAAUCAGGAAGAAGAGGGUGACUACAGUUGUAAUUGAUCGUAUGGAAUAAUUAAAUAAUGUUAUAGACUAUAACAUAAGGAAUUUCUGCAGCUAAUGUAAGAGCUUCAAAAAUGAUGAGAUUAUCAGUUAAAAUAUAAAUAUAUACUUAACGAACGAAGUUUUAAACGUU